AGGACGGCACCAACGGUGGUCAGGCUGCACAGUGCCAGUCGCCUGGCCUGCGGGACGGGGUGAUGAGCCUAACCCCAGCCCCCCGCUUUUCCAAGCCCAUUCUGACCGAGCCCCCUCCUGGCCCGCCGACCACGGGUGUGCAGCCCCAGAUACCAACUGUAACUCCCGUCGUGCAGCUGAACGUAGGGGGCGCUGUCUAUACUACCUCCAUUGGCACACUGACAAAACUCCCGGGAUCCAAGUUGGCAGAGAUGUUCUCCAGGUCUCACAAGGAUGCCGAGGGCCGCUUCUUCUUCGAUCGCCCCGGCACCUAUUUCGGACCCAUCCUGGACUACCUGCGUUCAGAGCAGCUGCCCACGCAGCACAUCCCAGAGGUGUACCGUGAGGCUCAAUUCUACGAAAUUAAGCCUUUGGUCAAGCUCCUGGAGGACACGCCGCAGAUCUUUGGUGAGCAGGUGGCUCGGAAGCAAUUCUUGCUGAGGGUGCCUGGUUACAGCGAGAACCUGGAGCUCAUGGUUCGCCUAGCGCGUGCCGAGGCCAUGGCUGCACGCAGCUCCAGUGUGAUCGUGUGCGUGGUACGCACCGAUGAAGAUGCAGCGUACUGCACCGACACUUUGCGCGUCCUGGAGGAAAACAAGAGGUCUGUCAUCAAGUUCGGGCCCUGGAAGGCGGCCCCAGAGAUCACAGACCUCUUGGACUGUGUGGUGAUGGACAUUGCAGCGCAGGGCUAUCAAGUGUCCCGUGGGCCCUGCACUGAGAAGGCAGUGCGGGGCAAGGCUUUCAAUUACUUUUUUACAUUCCUCUUCACCUGGUGGUGAUCCCCAGGGGCAGGAACUGUUUGUUAUGGGUCCUGGUGGGGCUUAUGAAAUUAAAAGUUGCUUUUU